AUUUAAAUUCAUAUUAUCGCUCAUGUUCAUAAGUUGGUGAGUGCUGUGGUAUAAAUAAUUAGCGAUGUUGACUCGAAACUUGUUCAAGAGCUCAGCAAUAUUAAAUAAUUUUAGAUGUGGUAUAGCAUCACGCCAGCUAAGCGAGAGUGUUCGACCAAAAACAGGAAUCUUAAUGCUUAAUAUGGGAGGACCUGAAAAGUUAGACGACGUUCACGAUUUCCUCCUUCGUCUAUUCUCUGAUCGGGAUCUCAUGCGUCUUCCAGCACAAUCCCAAACGUCUAAGUUUAUCGCCAGACGUCGUACGCCUAGAAUUAAGGAACAGUAUGCAGAAAUUGGCGGGGGAUCUCCAAUUCACAAAUGGACUAGUCUCCAAGGAGAGGGAAUGGUAGAACUACUUGAUAAGUUAAGUCCAGAAACUGCUCCACACAAAUUUUACAUUGGCUUCCGUUAUGUCAAUCCACUAACUGAGGAUGCUAUAGAUCAGAUGGAAAAGGAUGGAUGUCAAAGAGCGAUAGCAUUUUCUCAAUAUCCGCAAUAUAGCUGUUCCACCACCGGAUCGAGUUUAAACGCCAUCUCCCGGCACUAUAAGAAGCGAAAUGAUGUUUCGAAGAUGCUUUGGACGGCAAUUGACCGAUGGCCUACUCAUCCAACUUUUGUAAAAGCUGUAGCCGAAAAUGUUAAGCAAGAAAUAGAAAAGUUUCCCAAAUCGGUACAAAAAGACGUAGUUAUUCUCUUUUCCGCUCAUUCUCUACCCAUGAAAGUUGUUGAUAGAGGUGAUCCUUAUCCAGCGGAAGUUGCUGCGACUGUUUGGAAGGUGAUGGAGGCUCUGAAUUUUUCACAUAGUUAUAGACUAGUUUGGCAAUCUAAAGUGGGUCCUUUGCCUUGGCUUGGCCCUGCUACUGACCAGGCAAUGAAAGGACUUGCAGCCAAUGGAUUUGUAAAUCAACUACUUGUUCCUAUAGCAUUUACAAGUGAUCAUAUUGAGACUCUAUUUGAAUUGGAUUUGGAAUAUGCGAAGGAAUUCGCAUCAAAAACAAAAAUAGAAAAUAUAAGAAGAGCGGCGUCGCUUAACGACUCUCCGACGUUUAUUAAGGCUAUUAGUGAAAUAGUGGUUGAGCAUCUUAAUUCAGAAGACUCGUGCUCCACUCAAUAUCAUCUAAGAUGUCCACAAUGCACUAAUGCAUCUUGCACAGAGGCUAGAAGGUUUUUUUGCCAAAAUGACAGAGUUUUAAAAUUUCUCAAGGAGAGACAGGACAUCGGACGUCAAGGUUAAAUACAGUUCCUAUCGUGAUGAGUUACAGACGUUUUAUUCUCUAUCCUUUUAAUGUCAAAACACGCGACAACCAUUACUAAAAGGGUUUCCAACCACGGUCGUGCAUCUUGCACAAAUAAUGCAUAUAUAAACGAAUCGGCGAAAAAAGCAGUCGAAAGCAAACAGCGAGUGUCAGUCAGCAAAUGCUGUUUAUUCAUCAGAUAGCAGGCUACUCGUAUAAACAUUCUAUUCGCAGCAGCCCUUCUCCGUAAUAAUCAUGACUUUUAUGUUAAAUAGAAAGAAGAAAGAUAUUUUUUUAAAGAUUUCCUUCAUUUACAAACAAUGUAAACUGAGACAGAUAUAGUUUUUAAGUUAAUAUUUUGUUACAUAAUAGGAAAAAACAGCUCGAUUUAAGUGAAAAAUUGUACAUGGCCUAUUUAUGCCAUAAAAGUCUAGAAUUACAGCGUUUAUGAACACACGAGAGAUGUUAAUGUAAAUAUAAUAACUUAUGUGUCUGUUCUCCAGUAUAAUACAUACAUUGUAAUUAUAUACUGAAUAAGGGCAUGUAAGGCGAGACUCGUAACGUUUUACAAUUACGUAAAACAGAGUACAGAAUUACUAAAUAAGUGUCUCACUUUCUUGGUUUAAAAACAAAAAGAAUAGGUGAAAAAAGAGGAGGUAAAGUUGGAUAAGAUCUUCGACGGAUGCGUUCUUUCUAAAGGCGUCGAAAGUUGGGGAAAAGUUCUCGCUUGGCAGCUGGCGCGCAAAAAUCUCUGCCGCUAAGGGCAGCUGCUGAAACUUUUAACAUUCUGCGAAUAAAAGUUGUAUAAAUUUCGUUUAAUUAAUACCAAGUUUCUA